GACUAGACAAUAGCUUCGCUUUGGGUUCGGCUUCCUCUUUCCUUUUCCUUUUGUGCUGUGUUAUUUUCUCUCAUCGUAUUAAUCAGGGCGAAGAGGAGAAAUCAAUUUAGGGUUAGGGUUUUUGGCUUUGGGGAUUUUUUUUUCAUUGGUAAAGAGUUUAGGAAUGGAAGAGAUAACCGAGGGAGUGAACGCCAUUAACUUAGCGGCAGCAGGAGAUUCCUACAAGAAAAACCGGAUUCAGGUCUCCAACACCAAAAAGCCAUUGUUUUUCUACGUCAAUCUCGCCAAGAGGUACAUGCAACAGCACAACGAGGUUGAGCUUUCUGCUCUUGGAAUGGCCAUUGCUACAGUUGUCACUGUUGCAGAAAUUCUGAAGAACAAUGGAUUAGCUAUUGAAAAGAAGAUCAUGACCUCCACUGUUGAUAUGAAAGAUGACUCCAGAGGACGACCAAUCCAAAAGGCCAAGAUUGAGAUAGUGCUCGGGAAGACUGAAAAUUUUGACGAACUGAUGGCGGCUGCAGCAGAGGAAAGGGAAACUGCUGCUGCUGCAGAGGCCGAGGAGCAAAGUUGAAGAGGGGUUCUUACCUAGUCUCUGGUUUUGCUGCUUUUAAAAUCAAAGCUUUUUAUAUUGCUUUAAUUUUUAGAUUUAGGAUUUUGAGUUGCUGUUGUCGUUAUGAUUUUGGUAAAUCAUGAAAAGGUGUUUUAGGAACUUUAGAUUCAAGAAUACUUUUCUAUUAGAGAUCAAAUUUUGUUAUCUGAUCAUUUGGUUUUUUCAUUCUCUUUGUAUGUUGAUGUCUUCUUUUCUUGGCAUGUGCACUUGGUUCGCAAGUUUUGUAUCCUAUGAAUGUGUCAAAUUAUUCAUUUGAUUGUGUGCC